AUGGCAGACAAUCCACUACAAGAUGGACACACUACGUUCGAUUCAAGAUCCAGGAGUAGAGAUCAUUAUACCGAUGAUCGAGCACUCCCCAUCCAUCACGACCCUAGAAGAAACAAAAGGGAACAAGGUCUAAGGGAUAAGCAGGGGCAUAUAUGGAAGUCGCGGAAGCAAGGGCAUGUGAAUUGUCGUCUCACACAUGUUCCUCACUCGCAUGGAGAGGAGUACUAUCUUCAUUUGUUAUUGAACUAUCAAAAAGGGUGCCAGAGAUUUGCUGAUAUUUGUUCUGUUUAUGGCAUUGUGUACGACACAUUCAAAGAAGCUUGUUAUGCUCAAGGGCUGUUACAAGAUGAUAGGGAAUUUAUUGAUGCAAUUAAUGAAGCCAGUUUAUGGGCUUCGCCGAAUUAUAUCAGGAGGUUGUUUGCAAUGCUUUUGAUGUCAAAUAACAUGGUCUGCCUCGACAUGGUUUCGAGCGUUCUGCUGACAAGAUCAAAUCCACCAUUCUCGCCGAAAUUGAAAAAUUGUUGCAGCCGAAUGCGUGUUGCGUACAACACGAUAUUCAAUGCAGUUAGUCAUGGCAUAGGUGGUUUUUUCUUUGUUUAUGGAUAUGGUGGAACUGGGAAGACUUUUCUAUGUAAUGCACUUUCCGCUUCAAUAAGGUCGAAAGGUCAUAUUGUUCUAAACGUGGCAUCUAGUGGCAUUGCAGCGCUAUUCUUGCCUAAUGGGCGAACUGCUCAUUCACGCUUUAAGGUUCCACUCAGUGUUAACCAAGAUUCCAUUUGUAAUAUAAGGCAAGGCACACCUCUCGCACAUCUUAUUUCAUCUGCAAAAUUAAUUAUAUGGGACGAGGCACCUAUGUUAAACAAAUUUUGCUUUAAAGUGCUCAACAAGUGCCUUAAAGAUGUUCUUCGUUUUGAUCAUGGAUAUAAUCCCGAUGCUUUGUUUAGUGGAAAAGUUGUUGUUCUCAGAGGUGAUUUCCGUCAGAUAUUACCUGUUAUUCCUCGAGGUUCCCGAGAGGAGAUUGUUCAUGCGUGUAUUAAUGCUUCGUACCUAUGGCAAUCUUGCCAUGUGUUGCAAUUGACCGAAAACAUGAGGCUGGGUCAUGGUCCGCAAGAUAUCCACAAUGUGCAGUUAGAGGAAUUUACUGACUGGCUGCUUCAAAUAGGUGACGGGUUAUUCGGAGACAGUGCUAAUUGCGAAUCGGUGAUUAGAAUACCAGACAACUUGCUAUUGGAUAUUGAGUCUCCAAGUCUCCACGAUUUGGUGUUGUUUGUUUAUCCUAACAUUUUACUCCGUACUUCUAGCGUGGAUUAUUUUAAGGACAGGAGUAUAUUGGCACCAACACUUGAUGUUGUGACUGAAGUUAAUAAUCAUGUGAUGUCUUUGAUCCCUGGCAAUGAAAAGGUUUACCUGAGCUCUGACACGCUGCUUAAUGAAGAUGGUCACUUAGAAUCUGAAUUAUACACAAUGAGCACAGAGUCGUUGAAUACGUUGAAUUGUUCUGGAAUUCCUCAACACAGGUUAGUUCUUAAAAUUGGUGUUCCUGUCAUGCUUCUUUGCAAUAUUGACCAAUCUAAUGGACUAUGCAACGGUACACGAAUGCAAGUUAGGCGCCUUGGUGAUCAUGUAAUUGAGUGCGUCAUAUUAGCAUGUUGUAAUAUUGGUGAAGUUGUCUUUAUUCCCAGAAUGAAUAUGAUCCCUAAUAAUGAAAUAUUACCGAUCAGGUUUACCCGAAGACAAUUUCCGAUUGCGCUUUGCUUUGCAAUGACCACAAACAAGUCCUAG